AAUUGCGAAACUCUUUGCCCCGUUUGGCGGCGGUGGGCAAAUGGGUGCUCGCGUGGCCCUCGUGAGGCGCCGCCACCACCGCUCACCUUCCGCUACCCCACCACUCUCCCCGUGGACUCAUUCCCUCGCAUCUCCGGCUUAGGAUCGGUCGGGCGCUCGCUCACCUCCCACAGUCCCUGACCAGGUGAAAGAGAAGAGGAGCAGCUGCGGUCCAGCCGUGGUGAAUUUCUCCUCCUCCUCCUCGACAACACACAGGUGCUGUCGAUGUCAUGUGCUCGCUGAUCGUCUUCCCGCGACGUCCGUCGGUUCCUGCUCGCCUCGGGCAACCGCUGUGUGUUGUUGCCUGUUGCUGCUGAGUGCUGGGCUGUAGUCUGUUUGCUGUUGAUGUAUGAUUCAAUCCAGUAGCAUGUACAGUACUCCGGAGUACUCGUAAUUAGCAAGUAAUCCGGUAUGCUGUUGAUGAAAUAAACAUGUACUCCUGCAUAUAUCCCCAAUGGCUGUUGAUGUACGAUCCAUGAAGCUCUGCUAAUGAAUUAGCUACUGGUGGAUCCUAGGAAGAAAAAAAUUGUUGCACAGAAUGCCCAAGGGUAGUUAUAAAACUGUUGCAAACGAUGCUCAUAGCAGCUCAAGAACAAGUGAAAUUCACCUAGGCCAACCAAUUCCAUAUUUAGGUAUUUGCUGGGUUAAGUAUUUGGUCCCCAAAUUUUCACGCAUUAUGGUGGUGAGCUAAAACCAUCAUAAGCGAAUUAUUGCCAAAUUGGUAGAAAAGGAAACAUUAGUACUAAAAAAACACACACAGAGUUUAUGUCUGGUUGGACCAAGUGGUUUCUGAUCAUGCAUUCUUGAUGCAGGUGCAAGCAGGAGGCGAACGCAAGCGUAUGUUGGUGUGUAGAGGUGACCAUUUUUGGCUUCUCAAGCAACCUGCAAGCACGCAUCACACUAUUUCAGUGAAUGUAUGUGUAAGCAUCCUAAGAAUACGUCCCACUGUGCAAAGGUUGUGUGAACAUUGGUCACUCUACUCUUAUCUAGGCUGGGCCGGCAAUAGAUUGAAUGCAAAUCAAAUAUUGAUCUUCAUGUGUUUGCAGGCAUAUUUUAAUUAUGAUGAUUACCAAAUGAUUCCUGCAGUUGUUUUGUUUCGAAUGCGAUUCUUGGAUAGAGAUUGAACUCGUACUCCAAACGAAUGUACGCUGGGUCUGGUCGAACUGCAACAUCUGCCUAAUUUAUUUUCACAUUAAACGCAAUUCAGCAUUAUAAUACGAUGUAUUAUGCUCAUAAAACAUGUAGAUUCUAAAUUACAAUGACUUAUGGCUGGUUAGAUAGUCUACAAAAAAAACUCAAUGUUCAAUUUGAAUUCGGAAAAGCAUAGAGAGACGCUCCAAACAAGAAAAUUUAGAAUAUACUCAAAUUUAUGUUCUAUUGUCGGAUUUUAGCACAAAUUAUUAUUUUCUGUUCAUGUUUGUGAAAAUUUUAUUUGCAUUCUACAGGAUUUGGAUACUUCUUACUCCCUCCGUUCCACAAUGUAGUGCGUAUAUAUUUUUUCAAAAGUCAAAAUUUACAAACUUUGACCAUAUUUAUAGAGAAAAAUAGGUACAUCUAGAAUACCAAAUACAUAUCGUUGGAUACAUCAUGAGCUAUAUUUUCAUAAUGUACAUGUUUGGUAUUUGAAAUAUAGAUAGUUUUCUCUAUAAACUUGGUCAAAGUUUGCUAAGUAUGACUUUCAAAAAAAUCUAUAUGCACAACAUUGUGGAACGGAGGGAGUACUAUUUAUUUCUGCACCUACCUGUAGGUUACUCUGUCAUACUAGAUAUCUUUGUGUUUCAAGAGCUUGUAUUCAAAUUUCUGAAGGGCGUAUUUUCCCCCCACGCUAGAGGAAUAUAUAUUGGCGUAUUUGGGACUCAACUAACUUUAAUCCCGUAGGAACUGUUUCUUUUUCAGUGCAACAAAAAGAGGUUGAAAACCUUGCACAAGCCGUCAGGUCAGAAGUAACAAGAAAAACAAAAUGAAAUCAGUCUCCUCUCCUCCAUUUAGUACUAGUACUAGUCCGACUACUAGUACUCCACUCCAACUGCUCACUCUACCUCCCACCUCAGCUUGUACGUAAGUGUGGGCAGAAUCAAAGUAUUGCCAAACUCUAAACUCAGCGUUGAAAGUGAUGUUGGUGGAUUGAUAAGUUGAUGUAUCUAAUGGCAUACAUGCCUUCCUGCGGCACCUUCCAUGCACCUUUAGUGUCUUCUUGCCUGAGGAGGAAAUUCACAGUGGUGGCCACGGCUUCCAAGGCCAAGGUUGGAACUCCCAAAAAGGCCUCCACUCAAGUCCGAUUCACGCAACCAUUCCCACCUGAAAAGAAGGAAAUUUUCGAUUCAUUGGAACGCUGGGCAGAGGAAAACAUCCUGGUCCUGUUGAAGCCAGUAGAGAAAUCAUGGCAGCCGCAGGACUACCUGCCAGACCCUUCCUCGGAUGGAUUCUAUGAUGAAGUCAAGGAGUUGAGGGAACGGGCCAAGGAGAUCCCGGAUGACUACUUGGUCUGUCUGGUUGGAGACAUGGUCACUGAGGAAGCACUCCCUACUUACCAGACAAUGCUCAAUAUUCUCGAUGGCGGUGUCGGCGACGAUACUGGCACCAGUCCAGCCAGCUGGGCUGUCUGGACGAGGGCAUGGACGGCCGAGGAGAACAGGCACGGUGAUCUCAUGAACAAGUACAUGUACCUCACUGGGAGGGUUGAUAUGAGGCAGAUUGAGAAGACCAUACAGUAUCUCCUUGGUGCUGGAAUGGAUCCAAAAACCGAGGGCAACCCAUAUGAGGGUUACAUCUACACAUCUUUCCAAGAGAGGGCAACCUUCAUAUCUCACGGCAACACUGCAAGGCACGCCAGGAAGUACGGGGACCUGAAGCUGGCUCAGAUAUGUGGCACCAUCGCGGCCGACGAGAAGCGCCAUGAGACGGCCUACACCAAGAUUGUGGAGAAGCUCUUCGAGGUCGACCCCGACUACACGGUGCUGGCCUUCGCCGCCAUGAUGAGGAAGAAGGUCACGAUGCCCGCCCACUUGAUGUACGACGGGCAGGACGACAACCUGUUUGAGCACUUCAGCGCGGUGGCUCAACGGCUGGGCGUCUACACCGCCAUGGACUACGCCGACAUCCUCGACUUCCUGGUCCAGAGGUGGAACGUGGCCAACCUCACUGGGCUGUCCGGGGAAGGGAGGCGGGCUCAGGAUUUCCUCUGCUCACUGGGACCAAGGUUCAGGAAGCUGGAGGAGCGAGCUCAGGGCAGGGCGAAGCAGUUACCGGUUGUUCCUUUCAGCUGGAUCCAUGGCCGGCAAGUGCAACUUUGAGUGGCAUUGCUAAACAAUUAUAAGACAAUUUGUUCUUCUUAUUUUCAAAAUAUGAAGCAACUGUUGACUUGUACUACUAUAAACAUAUCUACUCUGCAUGUGCCAAAGAAGCUUAAAAUAACAUAAUUAUAUCAUGAACA